AAAAUUAAUAUCAUUAUUUUGUUUCUAUUCACUAAUAUUAAUAAGUGAGGUCUUGCACUAUGUCAGCGGGCGUGUUUUCUCGGAUUGCUUCGUCAGUAGUUCGGAGUGGCAAGCACAAACCGAAGGGUCUUUUUGAUUUUAGCAAACAGCUGGUCGUUUGCAGGGUUUGCAGUGCAGCAUUUCACGGCAAUAUUGCAGGAGUUUCUGACCCGAAGCAGACAUCAUUUGUUGGUCAUAACUUUCUUACUCUGCGAGACUUCAACAAACAUGACAUUGAACAGCUCCUGUGGACAGCAGCUGACCUCAAGGAACGUAUCAAGAACAAUGGAGAGGUUUACCAGCCACUGAUUGGUAAAGCUGCUGCAUUGAUCUUUGAGAAGCGCAGUACUAGGACACGUAUGUCAUCAGAGACAGGUUUUGCAGCGCUUGGCGGUCAUCCAGCUUUCUUGACCCAGAAUGAUAUUCAUCUUGGAGUCAAUGAGUCUUUGUCAGACACAGCCAAAGUUCUUUCAGGUUUUGUUGAUAUCAUCCUUGCCAGAGUAUAUCGCCAUGACGAUCUGAUCACAUUGACUCAACAGGCAUCUGUACCCAUUGUCAAUGGGUUAUCUGAAAUCUAUCAUCCACUGCAGUCAUUAGCUGACAUGCUCACAUUACAGGAGCAUUACGGUUCACUAAGUGGACUAACUCUAGCUUGGGUUGGUGAUGGUAACAACAUCAUUCAUUCCAUCAUGAUGGCAGCACCUAGACUUGGCAUCAACCUCAAGAUUGCUACUCCUAAGGGCUAUGAAAUCUUUCCAGAAGUAAUGGCAGAUACUGUCAAGUUUGCCAAAGAGGCUAACACUGACAUCUUUGUAACCAAUGAUCCUCUGGAAGCUUGUCAAAAUGCUAACAUUGUUGUCACGGAUACUUGGAUAAGUAUGGGUCAAGAAGAAGAGAAAGCUGAGCGACUGAAAGCAUUCAAGGGUUAUCAAGUCACAAAAAAGAUGACUGAUGUUAUGGAUAAAGACUGGACUUUCCUUCACUGCCUGCCUAGGAAACCAGAAGAAGUUGAUGAUGAGGUCUUCUACAGUAAGAACUCACUCAUAUGGCCGGAGGCAGAAAACAGAAAGUGGACUGUUAUGGCAGUUCUGCUAUCCCUUCUGACAGAUCACGUCCACAAGACUUCCAAGCCAAUUUUCUAGGAUCAAGACAGGGUUCAGUUGAAAUGCUUUACUAUAGUAUGUCAUCAUGUCGUGUCCAAAACAUCUUCAUCAUGUAUAGUUUUAUGGAAAGUAGCCAUUUAUAUUGCUUCCUUUUAAAGGGAAAAGGGUAAUGUAUUCCUGCUGUUGGUUUGUUUCAACAUUAGUUUCAGGUUCCAUGAGAUAUAUAACAGUUGAUGAAGACAAAAAUGAUAUUUUCCCCUUGAUCCUUGCUGUUGUGUAUUUGUACAGUUGGUAGAAUGUCCAGGUAUUGAUGACGAUUGGGGAUGGAGUCAGGAAACAGUCUACCAUGGACAAUUAUAAUUGUAGUCUGGUGCUGGCCCAUGAAUAGGUCACAUUUGAUUUGUUAGCUUCAACAGUUAGUAAUGAGAGAUUACACUGUGUAUUGAAGUCACCAGCAUUGUGCGACUGUGCCAGUAUUUCGACUUAAUGAGCGAUACUGUUCAUUCAUUAUCAUUAUAACAAAUUGGUUUCCUUGCAGAAACCCAAACCCACCUGAGAAUGAGGUUUAUUCCCGUCCUCCCCAAGUCUGUGAAGCCUCAUCUGUUCCCCAUCCUCAGUCAAAAUGUUACACGUAUGUACUUUAAAUCAAAUAUUACUUUAAAGCAACUAGGAUAAUAUAUUUUACAGGAAAACUAGUCGAGCAUAUCACUUUCACAAAUUACCAAGUGUACGUGGAGGUAUUAUGUGGUUGCCAAAGUUAACAGAAACUAUGCUUACCUACUGAAAUAUUAGCAGUCAAAUUUUACGUCGUUGAUAUUUUUCCCCAAUUUUACAAAAUGGUUAAAAGAAAUGACUCAUUCGUUAUCUGUAAGAACAAAAUAGUAAUAUGUAAAUAUGAAUAAGGAAUUUGUACACAUCAUACACAUGGAAGACAUUUUUCACCAUUUCUGAAUACCCUUCCAUACCCCUCCUAUUUUUGUUUCCGGUACUACUUUAUGUAUGUUACAUGUUGAAGCAUAUAUUUUAAAAGAAUUCAGUGUUUGUGUUCAGUGUUUUGAUAUUGAUCUAUUAUGUAUAACAUAAUUGUGGUAUUCAUCUGGUGAAGUAAGUCAGUGGUUAGCAAUGCUGAGGUAUAUGUGUAAUGUGCAUACCCCUGCUCAAGACCUAGUCCGAGUAUCACCCGUUAUCCACAGAUCCAAAUCCUGUAUAACGUGGGACAUUUCCUGACAUGCAAAUUUAUGCAAGCCGCACGCCAGCCAAUCGGAGUCGACUUUACUUAAUCGUGACGUCAUUUCAUUCCCAAAUCAGGACUAAAUGGUUUAAUUGGUCAAUUUGAAUGCAUAAUACAACAACCGGCCCCAUAUCGCGUAACAUGGUACAGAGUGCGUGACAUGGUUUUUUUAAUCCAUUGUCUUUGUGACGCGCAACGGGUGAAUGACCGAAGACUCGAUAUAGAAAGCGCCCGCUGAUUGGUCAAAAUCUAGGAGGUCAAGAGGCGGGGUCUUGCCUAAUUAAUCAGCAAAUCUGUUCACGCGAAAUAGACCUGGUUUAGACUACUCAAGACCAGGCAGGUCCAUUUCUCCAGGCUCUCCCUUGAGUAGUGUCACUGUGCAGUUACUCUAACACUUGCUGAACAAAUCAUGUGAAAUAAUUGUUUGUUGAAAUUUUGUUCUGAAGUCAAAAAGUUUACAAAAACCAGUAUGUCACCUGUAUUACCGUCUCCAUAAAUAUUCAGUGUGGCAGAAAUUAUUUUCAUAUUUUUUGAAAGUUGAAAAAGAUUUACUGUGCACUUAAAAACAGAAUUUGGAAAUUGUUUUCACAUAACUGUUAAUCACUGGUUACUUUUCAACAGUUCAGUAUUACUUAAGAUUUGUAAAAUGGGAUAUUUUAACCUGGUUUUUACUUUGCAUUUUGGGGUUUAAAUAAAUACUCGAACAAGGUACUAAAUGAAGAAAAUCAAAAUGACAAACAUAAGGGGAAAUGCCACCUGACAUUGAUGCCAUCAACAUUGUAACUCGAUGCAUACAGCAAUGCAUGGAGCUUAUGCCGAGUUUAGUCUGUCAUUUGCUGUAUUGUUGGAUAUCAAGUUAUUCUCUUGCCAUUGUAAUGACUGUCAAACAUUUUUUUUGCUUUACAUGCAAUAAACUAUAAAUCAAUAACAUAAAAUAAAAUUUUGUUCAUAAUUUAUUUGGACUUAAUAAAAAUAUAAUGUACAAGUAUUAUUAUGCAUUAAAAACUCUCCAACAUGAAGAGGCCCAACAUUUUGUUUUCAGUUAUAAAUAAGUUUCAAAAGGAAGCUACAGAAUUUGAAUAAAAAACAUACUUCUAAAGAUUUUUU